AUGAAUCCCAACGAAACUGGUGUGGCUUUUUCUGGUGGUGGCAUACGGUCAGCGGCACUAUGCUCUGGAGUCCUGCGUAGACUGCUCCAGGUUAGAGCGAAAGUAGACUACCUGAGCUGCGUGUCAGGGGGUGGUUACACAGGCACUGCAUUUUUGGAUUGGAAAUACAGGUACGAGAAAAAAGCAAAGGGCAACGAAGAAUGGCAUGAAGAGUUCUUCGACAACAUGCGACGAAGAGUAGGCUUUAUAUGUAACUGGGAGAAGCCUUGUCAAGGAAUCCUUGAUUCGAUUAUGGUGUUCUUUCUAAUGCUUACUGUCACCGUCAUUGAACCGAUUGUCAUAUAUGGAUCAUACGCAUUUCCACUUGCCUUCAUUAAUGAUUAUCUCUUCGGAAAGUUACUUCGCGCCAAAGUGGACUGUGAUCACGUUACAGCAGUCCCUUCUGCAAGUAACCCCGACGCCACCGCUCAAGGAAUCCGCGAGCACUGUCUUUCUCGUCAAGGAACCGUUCCUGUUGCUAAGACUAUCCUAUUUUUAGUUCUGUUGGCGUUCUAUGUCACUUUUUACAUUCUGUCACGAAAGUUGUCCGACAAGUCUAAAUAUUUCAGACUUUUCGCGACAAUUUUCUUUUUGUUUUUCUGUUUUACUUUCCUUCCAUUUGCAAUAAAUGAUUUCUUCAUUGAAAUCCCUCUUUGGAGUCGGGCGGUCGUUGUGGUGAUUGGUGUGGUACUAUGGUUCGUCCUUCCUAUGCUCCGGGACAAAACGUCCUACGGCAUUAUAAUCUAUCNAUACUCUGUUGGCGAUGACUGAUCCCUCUUACUUCUUUCUGAAAACCAUGCGAUUCCUCCCACUCACUUAACCACAUGAACUGUUCUAAUUUGCAGAUGGAAACUUCGUAAGGCCUUUUACUCAGAAGAAAGUUCAAGAACAAGGGGAUGCCUUGAGAUAUUCCAAGAUAUCUUCUGCCCCCUGUGGACAUGUCUGCUGAAGAACCGAAGACAGAGGUCCAAACAGCACACAGACCAACAGAUGGACAUCCUUAGCGAUGAUGAAGAGAGAUGUAAUAAUGAGCCACCCGAGACAAGACCCUUGAACCUUUCCGACCUCCGUGGCACGGAACCUGAGUUAAUAUCAAACACGACCGUCCACAAUUGGGAGAAAAAUGCCAGGUCUGACAGAGAUUAUGACAUACUGACAAUGUCGCCUAAAGCAAUUGAGCGCUUAGACCGAGAUCCAUCGAAAGUCAAUCGGUUUGAAGGUAAGCUGGAUCCUAGAGAUGUGGAAUUAGAUGACGCCAUGGCCACGUCUGCGGCAGCAAUUUCAAGGUAUGACGAUGCUCUACAAGUGAUGCGUCUUUCUACGAUUUUGGGAUUUGAAAUGGGGGCUUCGAUGGUCAGUGACAUGAAGGCGGUUAAAGAAGAGUCCUGUAUCAUGAAGCCUAUGCCUCUUCUUAUAAACUUCCUCCGGGGUCUUCCGUUGAUCGCUGUGCCAGCGGUCUAUUUCACUAGCGGCGGUGAAAGGUCAAUUGAAGUUGGAGUAAUUGUAUUCUUCGUAAUUCACCUGAUUUUGGCCUCCAUCGGAGCUUUCGCCGACACAGGAGCUGAGAUACCAGACUUAUGGGAGAAGAUAGCCAGGUGGUUUAUUGUACACGUGUCUUUCGUGGAGUUUGUCAGAGAAACCCUUUCCGUUGAGAACAUCGGAUCCAUGCCCCCUCCUGUGAUGCUACUCAGCGACGGAGGCCACAUGGAAAAUACCGGGAUUCUACCAUUAUUAAAGAAAAAACUCAAGAAAAUUGUUGUAGUGAAUGGUGGUUACACCUCUGAUGAGAAGAGGUAUGGAGAUGACCUUCUGAAAGCACUGAUGCUCGCUCGUACCGAGCUAAACUGUUCGUUUAUUGGCCAGGGAGGUCGUGACGUCAUUUCAGACCUGUUAGACACCUUCGUAAAACCAAAUAAACCGAAUAAAAGGAAACCAAGAUAUUACAGAUUUAAAGUUGAGUACUACAAAGAUGACGGUGGCAAAGUUAGUGACGGUGAAAUUAUGAUGAUAAGGCCACGAGGUCCAUGCAAAGGUGAUCAAAGCGAGGUGAAAACCUGGGAAGAAUUUGGUUUUAAUCUGGAGCCGAAUGACUGGGGAAAUAGUCCGUAUUUGACUGGGGAGGAAGUCGAUAAUUUGACCUUCUGCUGCUGUGAGUGCUGCAACAAAAAGUCCUGCCUAAGCGGUUUGUCCGAGCUCUUCUGUGACAAGUUCCCAAACACUUCUACUGCAAAUCAAUUUUUCACGCCUUUGCAGUUCUCCGCCUACCACAGUGAAGGUUACCGAGCAUGCAUUGAAGCGCAAGCCGCUGAAUUCCUCAUGGAGGAACAAGAUAUCCAAGAAGUAUGAGAUACACAGGCGAGGCUGUGAGCAUGUAGCUAUAGAGACAUUGUAUGCAAAUGUCGGUGUUUUCAUGCAUACAAAACAUCAACAAGAGUUAAAGGUCUUAGCCCUUCAACACUUUCUAAAAGCGCUGUUUUUGCAAAAAAGACUGCACUCGAGCCCAGCCGAAGCUUAGCCCAGUUUCCUUGGCAUAAAGCGACUAGGAGUAUUAAUACUUUCCCCCCCGAUGUGAUGCUAAUCUAUCGCAGGAUUACCCCCCAGCAUUUCAUCAGGCUUCCCUCAAAAUUCACCGGUACCCUGGAGAGUAAAAUGUUUUGCCCAAGAACACAACACAAUGACCAGGUCUCGAACCCAGUACUUUCGAAUUGUUUUCCGCCGUACUUACCAUUAGGCAUCCUAGCGACC